AUGGCCACUCCUCACCUUGACGCCCUCAAGCGCGACGGCUUCGUCGUCGUGCGCAGCCUCCUCACCCCAACCGAAGUGUCUCAAUACCGCGAUAUCGCAACCGCCGCCACAACACGCACCCGCACAGGCGGCUGGCCGCACUUCCGAACAGUGCCUAAGCAAUUCCCACCAUGGCCGUCGACGCCGCCCCCCGCCUCAGAGGGCGGCAUCUGGGGCGUGCAGCACCUCCUGCAUCCCGAGAUGGAAGGCCGGGACCAGUUCGCGCGGUGCUACUUCUCACCAUCCAUUCUCGCCGUCGUUGAGGAGCUGAUGGGCGUAUCCCCGGAUCAAGACGACGAGGCCCUCGUCAUGGAACUAUUCAAUCUGCUCGUUGCGCCGGAGACGAAGGACUUUGAGCUCCGCUGGCAUCGCGACGAUAUCCCCGAGACGGCGUCUGCGGAGGAAGAGCUGAAAUUGCUCGCCGCGAAGAGUCCCGGCGGGAGGCAGUCGCAUGCGCAGUAUAACCUCGCGCUGUGUCCCGAUGCCUCGCUGGUAGUGGUUCCGGGCUCGCAUCGGCGUGCACGCACGGAUGCCGAGCGCAGCGCGGCGCCGUAUGAGCCCUCGAUGCCGGAUCAGCUGGUGGUCGAGUUGCAGCCCGGCGAUGCGGUGUUUUAUGAUAGCAAUAUCCUGCACCGCGGCGUGUAUCGCGCGAAACCGGAGAAUGGAGAUGAGACUCGGCUGACGCUGCAUGGGAGUCUGGGGUUGAAGGCGGUUGAUGGCGCGGAUGCUGAUGCUGAGGCGAAGAAGAAGGUGCGUGCUACGGCCGUGUUGCAGCAUGGUGUUGGUGCUUGGGUGCAUCGGGAUGAUGCGGCGUUUGGAAUUGGGGAGCGGCCGGAGAAGAUGAGGGCCAAUCUGGUGGCUAUGGGGACUGGUGAGGGUGUUGGGUUUUCGCUGCAGGGAUGA